AUGGCGUACCGGCAAGUGCUGCUCUUGGCUGCCGCGGCCAUCGCCGCCGCCAUCCUCCUGGCGCCGGCCUCCGCUGAGGACUUCACUGUCGGCGAUGCCGCCGGCUGGACCCUCAAAUACCCUGCCGUCUGGACCGACGGCAAAGCCUUCGUCGUCGGUGACAGCCUAAUGUUCAUGUACCCCUCCGACAAGCACAACGUGAUGGAAGUGAUGGGCACGGACUUCAAGGCCUACAACGUGACCGGGAACGCGCUCGGCACCUGGAACUCCGGCAGCGACACUGUGCCGCUCGCCAAGGUCGGGAGGAGGUGGUUCGUCUGCGGCGUGGGCAACCACUGCGCCCAGGGAAUGAAGUUCCUCGUCGUCACCGCCGACUCCUCCGCACAGGCCCCAGCUGCGCCGCCAUCCUCUUCAGCCUCGUUCGUCAGCGGAGCGAUUUCACAGGCGAUGGCAGCCGCCGGCGCCGUAGCCGCAGCCGCGCUCAUGUUCUGA